AUGGGCCAAAGCUCCAGCACAAACCUCACCUCUCUCCCGGACCUGGCGCUGCACUGCCUGCGCGUGGCCGAGGGGUCGCCCGCCGACGGGCUUGUCGAGCCGUUCUUCGACUACCUCAUCGGCGUGGACGAGGCGUCCUCGGUGCCCACGGGCGGCGUCGGCGCUGCCGGCGGCGCAGUGAGCGUGCCUACACCUGCCGAGCUCGCGCGUAUCCUCGAGACGAACGAGGGCAGGACGAUCGGCUUGGUCGUGUAUAAUGCCAAGACGCAGCGUGUUCGCGAUGUCGCGCUCACACCAUCGCGUGCGUGGUCGGACCAGCCGAACGCCUCGCUCCUCGGUAUCUCGGUCCGCGUGUGCAACCCCGCCGUCGCGCUUGAGAGCGUGUGGCAUAUCCUCGAGGUGUUGGAGGGAAGCCCCGCUGAGAUGGCCGGUCUGGUCCCCUUUGGCGACUGGGUGUGCGGCUGGGCAGGCGGACCCUUGCACGGCGAGCACGCGUUCUACGAUUUGGUCGAAGCGCACCUCGACAAGCCCCUGCGACUGUAUGUCUACUCUGCGGACCUCGACAACCUCCGCGAGGUGGUCGUCAUCCCGAACGAAAAGUGGGGCGGCUCCGGCCUGUUGGGUUGUGGUGUUGGCUACGGCAUCCUCCACCGGAUACCCCGCCCCGCGACUCCGCCUGCAACUGGCUCCGACGAGCACUUUUCGAGCUCGGCUAGGACCUCUGACGCUGGCCGGGCGUGA